GCGACCUCUCCUUUCUUCAAAACCCGGCCUCCUUCUAAUAUUACGGCUCCCUUCCCUUAGUGAAGAUGGCCCCCUCCGCUGCCUCUCCACACCUUUGCCCUGAACAAAUAUGUCAGCCUCCACCCAUUGCCACCAAUGCCGCCGCAUCUGACUCGGCGGCGGGCAGGGGCGGCAUUCCUGAAUGGGCCGGCGAAAGGCCUUGUCUCUCUCUCAUAGGCUAAGGGCGAACUCUCCCCGCCCCCUUUCCACCCGACUCAUCCCUCCCCCAAGGUAGAAAACAGAGCACUUCCUAGCUGAGCACGAGAAGGAGUGUGGAGCUGGGAGAGGCAGGAGGGAAGGAGCGAGAGGGGGGUGGCGGGCGGGCGAAGAGGAGAGCGAACAGGAAGAGGAUGGCAGGGAAAAGGAACUGCUGAGCGGGGUCGGGGACCGUCGCCUGUCAGGUGUCGGAGGGAGGCGCUCGAAAGUGCACGGAGCUGCUGGUUUUCCUUUAUUGCCCCCAUCCCCGCCGCUCGCUCUUCCAAGACUCUGCUCCACCGACUCCAAGCAGGCACUGAUUCUCCUCAGUGUAGUCUUGUAUGCUUUGGACAAAGGCGCCAAGUGGGGGUGAGUUGGGCGCCUCGUUUUUUGGUGUGUGGUGGUAGGGAUACUUCAUAGUCCCGCUGCAUUUGCACUACGUUUUUAUAGCACUUUAGAAAAAAAAAGGCUUUCUUUCCCGUCCUUUCGAUUUCAUUUAUAAGCUUGUGGUGGUGAAAUGAUUUGUCUUCUCUUGCCCUCCACUCGUUUAAAAUAGUGGUGUUAGGUGGUGAAGGCGAUAUACAAUCUGGAUCAUAGCUUAAGCUCUUUUAAAAGCUGAGCUGCCAAAGUAUGCUGGUAUGAAAUGCUAGGCAAGUCGUUCUUUUAAAAAACCGACAGCUUCCAAACCUGGCCUCUAGCUCAAGUCCUAAAGGCAGCCUUUUCCAAAUAGUAUUUCCACAUUUCUUUUGUUUCCUUCUUUUUCCUCCUCGGCACCAUCACCUGAACAGCUAAAACUUCUCUGGCAUCCUUUGUUAAGCUGUUGGACUUGGGAUCUCUUCCCAGUGAGAGCUGCAUAUCCUCAGUGACUCAUUUGGAUUCAUGAGAGUCUCAUAGCUGGGACACCUUCCGGACUACAUUCUUAAGCUCCUUGCCUGAAGGAUCUUGCUCAAUGAAGAAAGAGAAAACCCUGGGAAACGGUUGGGCAGCUUGAACUGUGGAGGAAGUUUCUUGGUUUAAAGGGCUGCAUGUGCCACUUAAUCUACUAAGGAAAUGAAAAGAUUUUCAAAUCCUCUUCUUUAAAUCUGCUGCUUCUGGGGGAGAGGUUAAAGGGAAAGGGUUCGGUUGCAGUGAGUUGCAACCAGCUGUUGACAGGCUUAGCAAAAGGUGAAAAACAAAACUGCAAAGCUGGGGCUCCGUAGCGAGAUGAACAUGUUUUUGGGGGCAUGUGGGGAAGGCUCUGAGACUCUCCUACAUGGAGAAUUUGGUGCCCACCCCCCGAAGGGGACCCGCUAUGCCCUCAGUCUCACGCGGACAGAGUUGCAUAUCCAGCGCCUGGUGCCCAAGCCAGAUACAGAUCACCGGACGGUGUUGCAGCUGAUUGAUGUGGUGGGCUGCCACACAAUGCGCAGCCACACAAUUGCGAACCAGUCAGCUUUCUUCAGUGUCUACGCUUACCCGCUGAAGAAGAGGAAGGUGGCGGUGAGCUCUGGGCGGGUGCGGCAGCGGACUGCGAGGACCUUUCAGGUGGACAGCGCAGACUGCUACGAGGAUAACCUAAAAGUGGCUGAGAGGUGGGCAGCUGCCAUCAAGUGCCUGGUCUUGGGGAUCCCCAUCUCGAGCGAAACAGAGAUCAGCCGCAGCCUCCUGCCCCGUCCCCGUCGCCUGCUCCUGCUGCUGAACCCCUUUGGAGGCAAGGGCAAUGCCCUGCAGUGGUGCCAGAAUCACAUCCUCCCCAUGAUCACGGAGGCGGACAUCGGCUUCAACUUGAUCCAGACAGAGAGACAGAACCAUGCCCGGGAGCUGGUACAGAACAUCAACUUGGCUGAGUGGGAUGGCAUUGUAUCCAUUUCAGGAGAUGGGCUUCUAUAUGAGGUGAUUAAUGGCUUGAUGGAACGGCCGGACUGGGAAGAAGCCAUAAAAAUGCCCCUUGGUAUUCUCCCUUGUGGGUCUGGAAAUGCAGUAGCUGCAGCCAUAAACUUCAGAGCUGGGUUUGAGCAGACCUUGGGCCAGGAGCUGCUCACAAACUGCACCCUCCUGCUUUGCCACGGGGCGGUGACCCCCUUGGACCUGGUGUCGGUCACAACCGCGUCGGGCUCCCGUUCCUUCUCCUUCCUGAGCGUGGCCUGGGGCUUCAUCUCCGACGUAGACAUUGAGAGCGAGAAGUUCCGGCACAUUGGCCCGGCUCGCUUCACCUUGGGGACGAUGGUCCGCCUGGCCUCCUUGAACACUUACCGGGGGCGCCUCUCCUACUUGCCCGCCCUGGAGGGCACGGCCCACCGCCCCAUCUUGCGCAGCAUCACCAUGGCGGCCAAUGGGAGCCUCCCCUUCCAGCACGGGCCGCUCCACCGCACCGUCUCUGACCUGGGCCUGUGCAAGGAACGCCACGCCCUCUGCUUCCAGGAGGUGGAGCCUGCCGACGAGCCCACCCCCUCGCCCAGCUCCCCACCCUCUUCCUCCAGCUUCCACUCUUCCAGCUUCAGCUUCGAGAACCUGUCGGAGGAGCUCGUGGCUGACCGCAGGGAGGCCGGGCUGCCCAUGAGCGCGCCUGGCGUCUCGCUGUCUCCCCGGCAGGUGCACGGCCCCCCAGACGAGUUCCUGGCGCCUCUGGACCAGCCGGUGCCCAAGUCGUGGGUGACAGUGGAGGAGGACUUUGUCUCUGUGCUGGCCAUCUACCAGUCUCACCUGGGAGCCGACCUGUUCAUGGCGCCCUUUGCCUGCUUCAACGACGGCCUCAUCCAUCUUUUCUACAUCAAGGCGGGCAUCUCCCGGGCAGCCCUGAUCCGCUUGUUCUUGGCCACGGAGAAGGGCACUCACUUUGACAUAGAGUGCCCCCACUUCAUCCACAUUCCCGUCCGGGCCUUCCGCAUCGAGCCCCUCACUCGCAAGGGCAUCCUCACCAUUGACGGAGAGAGGGUGGAGUACGGCCCCAUCCAGGGGCAGAUCCACCACUCGGUGGCCAAUCUAAUCACCGGCGUGAACCAGGUGAAGAUCACAGCGUUCUGACCCAGGAUGCGGGAGCACUUCGCAGAUCUGACGUAACUUUCGUUCUCUUCUGCCCCUUUGCUGCAAAGAGGGACCCUGAGGCUUGGGAUUGGGGGUACUGUCUGUGUGGGUAGCGGGUGGGCGUUCUGACUUGCAGUGCCCCCUCCAGCCACCCAGAUGGCAAGCUGCUUAAAACCUCCCUCUGCUCUUCUAGGCCUUGGCACACACAUACCAUAUAUUCCUUUAAUGAGCCUUUGGGUGGCAAGUCUUGCCCACUCCCCAUGAUCCUCUGCUGCUGUCCAUGCAACCUUUUGAAUGUUGACCUCCUCCUUCCUUCCUCACCCACCUGCAUAGGCCUGGUUUUGCCAGCCUGUUUUGCAUCUCCCAUCAAGAAGGAGCAGCUUGGCUACAGGACCCUUGGUGUGGUUUGGGUCGAGAAGUGAUGUAGCCUUUCCUCCCCUACAAGGACCCACCAUCCUCUCCACCUUGUUCCUUUUUGGGGAGGCCCUUCUAUUCCACUUUUCCAACCACUUGUCCCAGAGACGGGGGACACCUCUGCACCACCCUGCUUGCCAGUCUGGGGCAGCAACACUGAAGACUCCCAUCCCUUUGCAGCUCAUGGUUCAGGACCAUGUCUGAAGUGAUGGGGAGAGAGAUACUGGUGUGGGUUGUAGAGAUGAGUGGGGCACUGAGUGGACUGGGGAAAUGCACGUUCCACACCAACUUUCCUUCAAGCCGUGGGACCAAGAGUCAUGUCCCAAUUUCUAGUGUUGUUCUCUCUCUCCACUCUUUUUGUGUCUUCUGCUGAAUCACACACCUCUCUCCUGCUAAAUGGGAGCCCCCUGACCCCUUUGAGGCCACCCUCUCUUCCCGAACUUGCAGCCCCCUUUUGCCUGUGGUUCACAAGAAGCCACUUAGAGAACACUAAGCCUUGCUUGCUGCUCCUCGUCUUUGUACGGUCUGCUCAGCCGGGGUGGAAGCAGGGUGGGGGUGUAUGUGAAAGCAGUGAGACCACUGUAGCAGGGAGUUGAAUGUAAGAGGCAGCCCACAAAACACUAACUUCCACCGCCCCCUCCUUUUAACAGAACCGAAGGCAGCCGUUUCCCCUCCUCUCUUUGUCUACCCUGGGAAGGGAGAUCUGCCAUCUUUCUUCAGAGUUGUGUUUGGUUCUUCGGCCACCUCUUCUUCAGAGGGCGACCAAGGACAUUUAGGGCAAGGAAGGGACCACUUUCUCGACAGCCUUCUAUGGCUCCUUUCUAGCCAGCCGGAGGUGUAGUGAAAGGGGAUGGGACUGACCCCCAACCCCUGCACUAAUGACCUCCGAAUCUGGCUCUCUCUAGGAAUAAACUUGAUGAAUGUAACUGGAAUUUUUUCUUCUUCUCACGGGUGGGGGCUUAACUUUGGUAGGGCGGUUUGUUAUUAUUCUUUUCUCCCCACUAUGUGGGGGUUAACAAGCAAUUAAAAUGAUCCAAUACUGUAAUGGA